AUGGUAACUGAAGUAUACCCAGAAAACCCUACUAUCAAUGUAACUCUCCAUUCCGCAAGUGGAAGCGAUUAUGGUGUAUAUACCCUUAACGGCACCAUUGAUGGUGCCCCCACACCAUGUCCAGAAACCAGCCUAUAUAUGAUUGUAUGUCUCGACAGUAAAGCACCGACUUCGGGUAUUAUCAAGGGAUAUGUCACCGGAAGAAGUUUGAACUUAAUAGACAUUGAAAAUACGAGAUAUAUCACCAGAAGAGGCCUUAGGAUGCCAAGUCUCGUCGAAAAUACAAGUCAAUUCAAUGAUGAAAACUACUUCAAUGAAGGAAGUUUAAACUCGAAUCAUAUUAAUGUAAGAGGUCUGGACUCAUCAAGCUUCGUUAACGACACGGGUUAUUUUGUCGAACAAGACUUGCAUUCAUUAAAUUUUAUUGACGAAAACGACAUCAUUGGGGAAAGCUUGAGAUCGUUGGAUGUAGCCGAAAACACAGAUGUAGCGAAAGACACGAGUCACAUCAUUGGAGAAAGCUUGAGCUUGUUGAGUGUAGAUAAAGACACGGGACACAUUAUUCGAGAAAGCUUGAGCUCGCCGGGCGCAGCAGAAAACACGGAUCACAUCAGUUUAACCUUUUUAAAUCAAUAUUAUGUGGUUUACCGUAUUGAUGAUAGCAACAAACUUACCUCUGUCCAUUUAAUUAACAAAGAAGUCUUAAAUAUGCCAAAUAUUUGUAAACUCGUUCAGAAACGCAUAUGUCUUCAAUACAGAAUAUUGUUUAAUUAUCCGAGCCAGUUAAAAAACCACAUACAGCCUCAGUCCGGUGAAACACGUGAGUCUAUGAUUUUUUCCUCGCUGAUUAAGAGCCGUCUUAAAAGUUUAAUGAACAUUUGGUUUAUUCUCUAG